UUCCGGGGCUGCUGAAGCGGGUCCGGUGCUGUCAGACCAGGGGACGGAACUGGAGGCAAAUGGCUUCAGUGGAGCUGACGCCGCUCAGACCGUGGGAGGACUUCUUCCCCGGCUCGGAAAGAUUCGCGAAACCGGACGGCAGAGAUCUGGCUAAAUGGAACAACAGAGUUGUCAACAACCUGCUUUAUUAUCAAACUAAUUAUUUGGGUCUGGCCAUCGCUGUUUUCCUGGUUGUAGGGUUCCUGAACCCUCUGGGGAUGUUCACCGCCAUGGCCGUGGUGUCGGCCAUCUUCCUGGCGUCGUUGUGGGCCGGAGAGAACAGAGCGGCGAUCAGCAACUUCAAGAGGCAAAAUCCCACGGCCUUCGUGGUCGCCGUCAUGGUCGCCAGCUACAUGUUGCUCUCCAUGCUGGGCAGCGUCAUGGUCUUCAUGACGGCCAUCACUUUACCCCUGGCUUUGAUAUUUGCGCACGCUUCCUUUCGCCUCCGAAACAUGAAGAAUAAGCUGGAGAACAAGAUCGAGGGCGCCGGGCUGAAGAGGUCACCCAUGGGCAUUCUGCUGGAGGCUCUGGGUCAGCAGGAGGAGAACAUCCACAAGCUCCACAGCCUUCUGGAGGGAAAACUGAAGGAGUGACUGGACUCUGAGCACUAGUCGUGUGUUUUUCUUUUUUUGUCGGCCAAAGAUCGAGACAUUUUGUCUCGAUCCAUUGUUUUCGCGUGUGGGUGCGUGUGUUGAAAAGAACGAUUGUAGUCUUUUAUCUUUUCCCUCAGGCUAUCUGUCACUCCACUCCACUCAGAACUUGUCGAGGCACUUUUUCCUCACGUCUCCGCUAUGCAACGUUCUGGUCUUCACGUGAAAAACACAGAUGCGGCCUCUGAUAUCUGUGCUCAAUCAGUGUGAGCCUGAAAUGAUGUCUCUUUGUAACAAAGAAUAAAAAAGACUGCCGGGUCUGCCCCGUUUGAGGUU